AAAAGAGCCGCUUGAUAAUUGUGAUAAAGGACGGUUACAUUCACGCUCUUGCAAUCCCUUAGGAUGUACAGGAGGGACAUCUUCCCCGCCGAGGCCACAGUUCUGCCUUUCCAAGAAAAGGCGGCUUCACUGAAACCCGAGCGUGAAUGGAAGGGAAAAGCUGCAAAGAAGUCAGACCCGUCCCCGUGGGUCAUCCUAAAGCUCACGUUCAUGUACAUCUACAGCAUCCACAUAGUGUCCAACGCCAUAGCCGGCAGCAUACGCACCAGUUCGCUGUCGUACAUCAUCGAAACACUGACCUACACGGUUCGGUCCCUCGUCUCUACCAUCACCACAACUUACUUCGUCGUCAAGGCGAGCGAGUUAAGCGGUAUCACCGACGAGCUGACGCAAUUUGAGGGAGUCCAGCCGACCAAAUUUCUCGAGAGAGCCGCCUCCAAGCGCCGAUACCUCCGCUUCUCCAUAGUCUGCUACAGCUGCCUCUUGAUUGCCAUGACAGUCCUCUUCUUCGUACUCGUACCCGCGCAGAAGUACUUCGACAAGUGCUUCUACGGCAUAGACCUCGCCAGCGCUGGCAUACCCAACGGCCCCGCCAUCCUGAUUGGGCUGAUCGAGUGGGACUCUUAUAACGUCCUCGUCACCGGCUCUCCGGUGCUGAUGACCAACUACAUCUACCUUUGCGAUUACCUUCGUGCACAGAUGCUCAUCUUUAGGGCUUCCGUGAGGGCAGUGCUGGACAGCGGACCUCUGGACGUCGCCAAGUUCGAGAAGGUCCGGACCAUGUGCACCAGGCUGAUAGAUGUGGAACGACGACUCGACUCACUUUUCGCUCCCGUGGUCCUUCUCUGGUUCGUAGACCUGCUAGUCAACAUAGUCCUCCCCAUUCGCACGCUCAUUAACGGCAUCGCUUCCUUCACCCUGGCGAACGUUAUGUCGUUCUUCAUAGAGGUCAUCUACUCGGUGUCUUUCUUCAUGAUCCUAUCUUUCUCGCUGGCUCAAGUGGACAAGGAAUACAAGGAGAUCGAAGAAGAGACGUUUCGGCUGCGUACCUCUGUUGCCACUGAAGACUGGCAGCUGUGCCAGCAGGUCACCUUGCUCGAAUCCAACAUCAACUCGUCCAAGUUUACGCUGACCGGCUGGGGUCUGUUCGAAGUGGAUCGAUCCUUUAUUCUGACCAUCGUCGGAGCCGUUGCCACGUACACAGUGGUGUUGAUUCAACUAACGCCGGGGCAGGAAACGUACUGAGAGGACGUUGCUUUGCACGGAGAGCAAGUAUAAGCUGGGUAAAGGUUUACCAACCACGAGGGAUCCGGCUUAUAGCUCAAAAGCAAGGUGGGAUGACUUGCAUAAAUAAACACAUCGUAAAACCUAGCAGUAGUUAGUGCUAUGCCAGUCCGAUUUUCAGUUUGAUGUGACAACAUACCUUCCUUAGGGAUCAAGGAGUGUGUCGAUAGCCUUUGUGCCCUCUUAGACAAAAUUUUUAGCCUUUCAAUUUAUAGGCCUAUUUGGCGUACCUCCUUGGGCUAGCAAAACUAAUCGCCAACUACAAGAAUGGCGAUCAAAGCAUCCCAGAAAUGUACAGUCAUAUCUCCGUUCUAUGUUCUAUGAAUAUUCUGUUUGAAAAACUAAUAGUUAAACGAAUAAUGUCUUUCCUAGGACAUGAAAAUAUCCUUACGCCCUGCCAGCAUGGGUUUAGAAAUCGUAGGUCAACGGAUACAGCUGUUUAGUCCUUACCUGAGCUUAUUAUUUUCAUUUAAGUUACAAUAAAAAGUAGGUAUAUUUCUCGACAUAAAAAAGACUUUGAUAAUGUUGACCAUAUCAUAUGAAUAAACAAAUUAGAAUGUUA